AUGAAGCACCAAUAUGUUCUACCUGUUGUGUUCCUCCGCCCAUCCCGUCGUAUACGGCUUUUGGCCUUUCUAUCAUUCUUUGUCACAGCAACGUGGAUCUUCAUAACAAGGUCGUCGAUAGCCUGCUCCCAGGAAAGGGAUAUCGCGAGGGAAUAUCCACUAGUUUAUAGACAUAUCCAUUCAUUCAAUGGCAGUGGAGGUGCAUGGUAUAUCCCUCCAUAUUGGGCUGAUACUGAACAACCGCAAAAUAUUCUCGACGCUGCUCGUAUAGUCUCACAGAGCGCUCUACUUAAUAGAGAGAGAAGAAUACCUUUCUCUAAUAUCCCACUAAUUGUGCAUCAAACUUGGAAAACGACGGCAGCCGAUACCUGGAGUCCAAGAAUACUACCUUGGGUUGAAUUGUGGCUGGAGAACUCCAUUUAUGUUGACCGCGGACCGUCGAUGGCAUACUUAUUUUGGGAUGAUACAGGAAUGCGUGCGUUAGUGGAAGAAUUCGAGAAUGACUCCCUUGAGCGUUAUGACUCCCUCCUGACACCAGUUGAACGGAGUGAUGUGUUUCGCAUUUUAGUAUGCAGGCAUUUUGGCGGAAUAUAUGGGGAUCUCGAUACCGAGCUGAUACGGCAUCCAGCUGCCUGGAUAAGCGGAUCUGAUAUGGCUUCCUGGAUAGACCCGAAAACAGGAAAGGCCUACGGCUAUUAUAACACUUCGGUAACACCAGACUAUGAAACGCCAGUAGUCAACCUUCUUUGGGGUUUAGAAGCCGAUAAUGACCCAGAGUCCGAUGCAUACUGGCGCCAAAGCUAUACAUACCCCCAACAACUAUCGCAAUGGGCAUUCGCUGCUGCCCCUCAACACCCAGUCUUCGAACGAUAUAUGGAUAAUCUACGGAAUUAUACCAAAGAUAACGAAACAGCGGCUCAGAAUAGUGACCCUCUCAAAAGAACUGGCCCUGCGGCUGUUACUCUUGCAACCAAGUCCUGGCUAGAGGAUCAUGCGAGCUUUCGAUGGGCCAGCUUGACGGGUGUCAAAGAUGGGGGCAAGUCUAAGUUGGUUGAAGACAUACUGAUUCUUCCUAUCACCGGCUUUCAACUACUGACGUUGAGAAGUCCAAGUCACGGAAGCCGUAACGACGUUAUGGGCAGAAAACCGGUGACAGACCCGGCGGCAAGAUUAUGCCAUCAUGGCACAGGAUUGUGGAAGCAUUUUAAUUUCGUGGGAGAGUAUGGAAAGGGAUUGGCCAAGGUUAACAGGAUAAGGGAGUAG